AAGCAAUUAUUUUAUUUAUUGAAACAUUAGAAUAUGAUAAUAAAUUAAAAAAUAAUAUUAAAACAGAAUUCCAUUCCUAUGAAACAAUUUAUAUCAUGGAAAAGGGUAUUCAGUCCAAUAUAUAAUGCGAUAUAAAUCAAUUUUUCUUAUACAAAACUGAUGAUGUAUGUCCUUCAGUAGUAAAACAAAAAAAUAUAUAGCCAAACUUAAAAAUACGGCGAUAAUGUUUCAUUUAUAUCUAAAUCAAUAGCUGAAAGACAUAAAGGAAAAAUAUCAAUAAAGCGUAACAUAUGGCGUAAAAGUAAUGGCAAGAAUGUCAAACUCUGUUAGACCUUAUUGCCGACUUCUAAACCAAUCAAACUUUUUUGUUGGAAAGAGCAAAGUGUGUAUAUAUUUGAUUUAAACGUUUCAAAUAAUUGUGAUAUAUUUUGUGAACAAGGUGAUGAAAAACAAACUGCAGAAUAAAUUCGAAAAUUAAGAUAUUAUUCUCAAGGACCAAUCGAUAUUGUUUAUGGUGAAUGUUCAUGUUUUAAACGAGAUAUUUUAUUAACAGAAUUUAAUAAAAAUGAUCCCGAAGAAAAUAUCAUUAGUCAACGAAUGUCAAACAAUAGUAUUUCAAGUGUUAUUAUCGAUGAAGUUGAUAGUAUGUUAUUAGAUAAAGCAAAUAUGGUUUUUUAUUUAUCACAUAAUAUCGAUACAUUAAAAUCUUUAGAAAGAAUAUUUAUUUCAAUUUGGCAAAAUUUUAGUUUUUUUCAUAUUUUUAAAUUUUAUUCUUGUCGACGUUUCGCACUUUCUAAGCUCAUUUUCAAGACAAAAGGAUGUACACAUGAUUUGAAGUUAAAGUGAAAAGAGAGAAAGGAUAAAAUUCAUAUUUUUAUCUAUCUUAUCAUUGUGCAAAUUUUGAAUCAAAUUUUCUCUUUUACAUAUUUUUAACUUCGAAUGUUAUAUUCUCAUAUGGUAGGUCAUGGUGAAGACGCUGGUGACCUCCUGCCGAUUUAAUCCUAAUCUAUAAUAUUUCAGCAUUCGAAGCAGUUCUUACUAAAGUUAUGCCAUUUUUAAUUUUCCCGUUAGAUGGACAAGCGAACAAGGAGAUAUUUUAUUUGUAUAUGAACCGUCUAUAGUCAAGAGAAUAAACGUUGAUAGCAGUGGCGGC